GACGCACCAUCCUCAGGGGUGGCGUGCCGCUCCAGGGGCAAUGCUGUUUCCAUAGAUUUGAUGUGACGCUGUAUUUCAUGAUAUUACGGUAGCGUGUGUGUGUGUGUUUGUGUGUGUGUAUGCGGGGCACGUGUGAGGGCAGUGAUUUGUGAGGCGGAUGACAAGUGUGGUGGCGGCGAUUAAUCUGCCAUUCUGGAUACGUGAUGUAUGUUCCCGGCCUGUCCUGUCCUAGCCGCUGUCCGGGACACCAACCUCGCCUCGCCUGCCUGAUGAAUGGAAAGGAUAAGGGUAGGAGUCCAGCACGCCGCCUCAGCUGUUGUUGGGAUGCUGGGAUGAUCCUGCACGCGCACUUGCCCACUUCCCUUUCUGGCCAGGCCUGAUCACCACCACCACCACCGCUGCCACCACUACUAUCAUCACCACCACCACCACCGCCAUGCUCACUUCGCUGCCCGUGCGGUGGCUGGUGCCCGCGUUUCUCCCUAUUCUCCGCCUCCUCCUCACCUCCUUCCCGGAGAGUCCCCAGGGCGACACCUUCCCUCCCCCAGGACCCCUCAGGCCUGAUUAUGAUUUUGUGAUCGUGGGUGGCGGUACAGCGGGCAGUGUGCUGGCGGCGCGUCUGGCGGAGGUACACAAGUGGCGGAUCCUACUGCUGGAGGCAGGGGGACCAGCGCCCGUGGAGAGCAUCGUUCCGGGCUUCAGUCGUGUGUUCUACUUCCCCACCAAGAACACGUGGAACUUCCAUCUCCACCCGCAGCGCCACGCCCUCUACAGUUACAGCAACAGGAGCAGCCCAGUGCCGCAGGGGAAGAUGCUGGGUGGCACUUCGGCCAUCAAUGGGAUGCUGUACGUGCGCGGCAACAAGCGAGACUUUGAUAACUGGGCAGCGCUCGGGAACCCCGGCUGGGACUACGAGUCUGUGCUGCCUUACUUCAAGAAAGCUGAAGGGUACCGUGGCCGCCUCUCGGGGAAACAGUACCACGGGCGGUCGGGGCCGCUGACGGUGGUGCCUAAGACGGGAGAACACCUGGAGUUCACCUCGGCCUUCAAGCAUGCUGGCCUCCAGCUCGGCUUUAGAAACAUCGACCCAAGCGGCCCAGACCAGAUUGGGUUCGCUCACACUGACUACACUAUCAGAGGCGGCGAGAGGUGGCACACGGGCCGGGCCUAUCUCAAGUACGCCUCACACCUGCCAAACCUUCAUAUCAUGACGCACGCUACCGUCCUCAGGGUACUUUUCAACGAGGACAAGCGUGCCAUUGGCGUUGAGUAUAUGCAUAAAGGCAAGGUGCGACGUGUGCUGGCGUCGCGGGAGGUGAUACUCUCUGCCGGGGCCCUCCUGUCACCGAAGCUCCUCAUGCUGUCAGGUCUCGGACACCCCCACGCACUUCGCUUCCACCACCUGCCGGUGGUGGCCGAGGUGCCGGGUGUGGGUCAGAACCUACAAGACCACAUGUGCCUGUACGGCCUCACCUGGACCCUGGGCUCCCACGUCCCCAACACGGUGUCUGACAUCUUCAACCCUAAGCAGGUCAGCGACUACGUGCACUACCGGAAAGGAGCCUUCACGUCACCCAUUGGCCAGUUUGGACACGCGUGGGCGAAUGUGCUGCAGAAGGGCGAUCCUGAGUGGCCGGACGUGCAACUGUACAUGGUGUCCUCGGGGCUGGCACAGGAGGGCAUACUGUCCAGCGUCGCCUUGGGCAUUGAUAGACACAAAUACCUGGAGCAGUACUCGCCGCUCUUUGGCCGCAGCGGGAUGACCAUCAUGCCUUACCUCAUGCGGCCCAAGAGUCUGGGCUCAGUGGUGCUCAAGUCACGUGAUCCUUUCGACCCCCCAAUUGUCGACCCCAACUACCUGAGUCACCCUGACGACGUGCAGGCCCUUGUGAAUGGCAUCAAAUUGGCUGUUGAGGUCGGGAGAACGCCGGCCUUCGUCAAGACGCUCGGGGCCAAACUCUACAGCAAGCCACUGCGGAGCUGCGCGGCACACCAGUUCGGCAGUGACGAGUAUUGGCGAUGUUUCGUGAAGAACAUGGCCACCACUUUCUACCACUUCGCGGGCACCUGCAAGAUGGGCCCCGCCUCGGACCCCUUCAGCGUGGUGGAUCAGAACUUGAGGGUGAGGGGCGUGGCAGGACUGCGGGUGGUGGAUGCCUCGGUGAUGCCAGUGGUGGUAUCCGGUAACCCCAUGGCGGCCAUCAUCAUGAUUGCUGAGCGCGCAGCAGACCUCAUGAAGGAGGAGUGGGGUGCCACGGAGGGCGGAGCGGGUCAGCAGUACUCGUCCUCCACACAUGCCCAUCAGGAAUUGUCAUCAGGAUCGUCCUCUUCAGGUUACCAAACUGUCAGUACUUAACGAGGGUGGGCAGGGCGACGGCGGAGUGGUGGUGGCCGGGGAGAUGAAGUAACGAGUGUCACUAGCAUUGGUUGAUGUAUUCCUCACUUUUUCCUUCCUCUCACUCUCUUGCAUGUUGCCAUUUACUUUCAGCUUGUCUAUAAGUCUUCUUAAGGACAGCCAUGCCACUGCUCAUAAUCCGUGCACCGCCGCCGCCGCCGUUGUCUCAAAGCUCAGAACGUGCCAUAAUUUAGUUGCGUGGGUUGAUGGUGUGCGAGCGGGUCUGAGUGGUGCGCUGCCCACCAUUUCCUUUUCACGAUUCUUGUUGUGGGAGAGGGCUGUGUUGAGCGUGAAGCCCUGCCGCUGCACCCACGCCACGCAGCCACUUUGUCCUUUACAGCUUGGCGUGCGGGAAGGCCAGCAGCUACUACAGAGAACUUCUGAAAGUAUUAUGAAUUUUAAGAUGAAAAAUUAUUUUGUGGAUUAUCAGGAUUCUACAAAGUGCCACACAGAUUGUAGAAAUCAGCCGUAUAUCCCUUUUUGUGUGUAUGAAAUGUAUUUGCUUCCUCCUCACCCUAACGCUUGCCCGUGAAGACUGUGCAUGACGGAGCCUGUGAGAGACGGGCGCCCUGCCUCACUGCUCUUCGUGAGCUUCACGUCUCAUGCCAUAAGUCUUCAGGACACACUGAUAUGUUUAUAGGUUAAGUUAUGCUAUCUCAAGUUGUUGUUGUUUUGCUGUUGUUGUUGUGGAGGUUCUUCUGUGGAGACUGAAAACAAGACAGACAAGGGUAAGGAACCUUUACUGUGUAUAUCUUCAAUGUACAUACUCCUGCUGUACAUACACACAGCGUGCGCACCAGUGUCGCCGUGGUGCACGUGGGAUGAUUCUCAUCGUGUUUGGAGUAUAGCGAGCUGCUGCUGCUGCCCUGUACAUAAUGGUAGUAGCGGCAGGCUGAUGUGCCCCGCACCGCCCCGGCUCAGCAUGCUCCUACAUGUCUGUGGUGGUGAAUGUACAGCCUGCGUGUACUAAAAUACCUCAGCUUCCCUGUACAAAAUAAAUGUAAAUAUUGUUCAUAUGUUUAAUGGUGUACAUAUAAUGGCAGUGGGGUGUAAAUGCUUUAGAAUGUGAACACUUCCUUGGUGUCAUCUUUACCUGUGUUUGUUGCUCAUGUGUUGUAGUUUUGUUCUUGAGUGCAUCGUUGUGUUUGGGUAAGUGUGAGGGGGCGGCAGGGCGGUGCCAUCCCACUGAUGUUGUUGGCGAGGCCAUGGUGUACCUUUGGCAGCAGCUGCAUCUUCGGUGCAUCGGGACUUAACACCACUAGGAUCAUAAAAACGUGUUGGUAAAA